AUGCAGCAUCAUCCGCAGCACCAGCAACAGGGUCCGCCGCCUUCCCAACACCUGCAACACUCGCGACCCCCGAGUAUCGUUCACCAGCAGCAUCAGGCCCAGGCACACCCACCGCCGCAACAACACCAAAGCGCGUACUCGUCGCAACACUCGCUUCCUCAAGCAUACCAGACCGGCGGCCAGGCUACCAGUAACCAAGACAGCCUCAACUACUACAAUCACCCGAGCCCCUACAGUACUCCCGGUGCCACCAGCGGAUAUACAUCCGCAGACACCUCCGAUAUGAUGGCCGCAGCCCAAAUGCCGAGACCCCCCUACCCUCCCAUGUCCUAUCAUACACCGCAGUCCAACUCUCCAGCAUCCGUCGCCUCACCUUCCCAGCAUGACCAGCACAGGAGCAUUUACGGCCAGCCGCCGCAGCAGCACAUGCAGCAGUCAAUGUACUACCCUCAGAGCCAGUACCAGCCCAUGCCCCCUCAGGCGACCGCGUCUCCCUACGCGCAGCAUGCGCCUCACCCACAGCAGUCUAUGACAUCUCAGCCCAACAUGAUGAUGUCGCAGACGGCUCCUCAGAACCAGAUGAGCCAGCACGCCGCCCAGCACGCCGCUCAGCAACACGCGCAUGCUGGCAUGACCGGUAGCCCCCGACCCAAGAUCGAACCCCAGGUCCCUCUUCAACUCCAGAAGCCUCAGUCCUCGCCCAUGCCCCAAGCUCAUCACCCCCAGAACGGCGCUCAACUCCAGAGCCCUGGAAACGCCGCUCCUGGUGUCAAUCCCAAUGCGGCUCCCGGGCCCAUCCCCGCGACGACCCCGCUUGUGGUCCGACAGGACGGCAACGGUGUGCAGUGGAUUGCUUUCGAGUACUCCAGGGACCGAGUUAAGAUGGAGUACACCAUUCGCUGCGAUGUCGAGUCGGUCAACACUGAUGAGCUCUCUCCCGAGUUCAAGCAGGAGAACUGCGUCUAUCCCCGAGCCUGCUGCCCCAAGGAGCAAUACCGCGGAAACCGCCUCAUGUAUGAGACCGACUGCAACCGAGUUGGAUGGGCGCUCGCACAGCUCAAUAUUCCCCUCCGAGGCAAGCGCGGACUCAUCCAGCGAGCCGUAGACAGCUGGCGCAACAGCAACCAGGACCCUCGACUUCGAAGUCGACGAGUGCGACGAAUGGCCAAGAUGAACAACCGAAAGCAGGUCCAGGCAUCGCCGCACCCCGGCGCUGCCCACAUGCCCGGCCCCAGCGGACCAUCAGGGAUGCCCGGCGCAGGCCCUAUGGGACCUGGCCCAACCAUGGGCAAGCCCGGCCUCGGUAGCAUGGGACAGCCUAUGCACCACCACCACCCCGGAGGACACCCCGACGGCACUGGCCAGGGUGGAGACGAAGUUGCACGGGUCGACAUCGCUUACUGCACCGCCAUCUAUACAGCAUGCCGCAGUGGCACGAGGGGUCACCAGGAACUCUUUUUUAUUGGCACAGUUCUGUACAUUACUAUAAAGUCGCACACAGUUGCUGCUGCUGUUAGUUGUUUGCUUUGCUACUGGGUUUGCGCGACUCCUAGACGAGUUCAAUUUGCCUUAUGGCUCAUUAAGUUGCAUUACUGUUGGCCACGAGGCGAUGGCGAUUCUUACGAGCACCAUCACCACCAGCCUCCAACUGCUCAAACUCCCACUGUUGCGAGUGACGAUGUGAGACCGACUCACGUGUUCACCGGAUACAAUAACCAAUCUUAUGCUGGUGGACAAAUGUCUCACAUGGCUACCCAUGCUACUAGUGCCGUGUCUACUAAGCGCCACAGCCGAUCCACUGGUGAUGAGCCCGAUGAUCUCUUCCCCGAUAUCCCUGAAGCCAAGAAGCGCAAGUUCAUCCUUGUCGAGGACAAUGUGCGUGGCUCCCGCCUCCGUGUGCGAGUCACCCUCGAGGGUGUCGACACCAACGAGAUUCCCGAUAGUUUCCGCAAGGGAGCCAGUGUGUACCCACGCAGCUACUUCCCGCGUGAGAUGCAAAGCCCUCCCCCAAGCGCCACGGGAUCGCGCUUCUUUGGCGAGGACCAAGACGACGACGGCAUCGAGGAGACUGAAGGCCGAGAUGCUGGCCGCCGUGGCGGUAACCGAAAUGGCAAGCAGAUGGUCAAGGUCCCCAUGGGUGAGGCCCAGGGCGAAAUUGCCAUUCCUCGCAUGAUGAAAACCACCCGUGGCAAGGAGGUGCGACUGAAUGACCUCGGAUACCGCAUGGCUUGGCUCCAGAGCCGAGUCUUUGCUGGUAGGACUGUGUUCCUCCAGCGUGCCUUGGACUGCUACCGCAACAAGACGCGUGCCGCUAUUGAGAGCAUCAUGCAGGAUGUCAAGACUGUCGCGCCUCACUUUGAGACCCGAGUUGGAAAGCGACGCUGGAACGCUCGGAUCCACCGUGGAGAGAAGAAGGACGACGAGUAA